UCAGCAUCAGAGCGAGAGCGAACGCGCACGCAGACGGACACGGAGCACGGAUAAAACGGCCGAAAGACAAGGAAUUCCAGGCAGCACAAGAAUAGAAAAGCCCAAGUGUGAUGUGUGAAAAAAAGGCCUCGAAGGUAGUGUAAAAAAGUGUGACCAGCAAUGAUAAAAACCUGAGCAGACUCAAUUAACUGUGAAAGCCUUCUGCACUCACACGCACACCCUCGCAGAGUGAGAGUGUAAUAGAAAGAGAGCAAGAGAGGUGAAGGUGAAGCUGAAGGGGAAGCGCGAACAAUUUGUUGAAUACAACGGGAUUGCCGCAAAAGAAAAAGCGAAAGUGAAAACCAAAGAAACCCAAACUAAAUUUUAAUACGCCAAAAACUGAAAUAAAACUAAGGAAAAUUCCAAGCGUGCCCAAACUCGGACUUACCGAAAAAGAAGGAGAAAAUUGGCGGCGCAAAAGUUAAAAGGGACAAAAACGAUUAAGCAGCUUGCCAAGGACGAGGACCAACAGCCCGAAAGAUAUUUCCGCAGACGACGCAGGGACGACUGCUGCGCUGAAAUUGCGACUCUAGUAGAGCGGAGGCCAACACGUUCAGUGUAUAAUAUUUGAAAUCAAAGCGUUAGGGUCCAACCAUGACGCCGCUGUACGUGAAUCACAAGCUCAACAUGCGCACAACGGCUGUCAAGAUGAAGCGGAGCCAGCAUCCUGUCUCGUCCUGCCCCGAUCCAUGCCCAAGUCCAACUCAAACUCAAACUCAAACGCCAAGUCACAGUUCGAUUCCCACGCCCGGCAAGUGUCACGGCCAACCGGAAGUGAAAACGGAAACGGAAACGGAAGCGGGCCGGGCCAAUUGAAGAUGAGGGCAAGGACAGCACAAACUAAGAUAAUUCAAUCGCGUUUUCUACACAUUUACGGUUUACUUUGCCUCGGUUCCUUGAUGGCUUGCAUUAAAACUAUCGGCGCUUCAAUUGCGCAGCAAACGCUUGCGAAAGCGGAAGCGGAUGCACAAGAUAAAGAUAAAAAGCGGGGAGCAGAAACGGAAACGGAAAUGGAAGCGGAAGCGGACGCAGGAACAGGAACGAAAGGGGAAGCGGAAUCGGAAGCGGAAGCGGAUGCCCGCAUCAUGGCAACGGGAAUUUGCAUUAUAAGACUGAUAACAUUAAAGAGAUUUCUAGAGAAUUCCACAACCGACAAACACAAUCAACUUCGCCAGCAAUCAGCCACGUCAGCAGCGUUGGCUGGAGCACCCGGCCCGCGGCGGAGACACCUCCAUUAUCCCGUACAUCCAACGGGCCAUCCAGGACACCCGGAGGCAUGCACCCUGCUUGUGCUCCUGCUGCUCACCAGCCUGUGGCCUGAUGGCUGCGAGUGCCUCCACAACGGCAGCAACACCGUGAAGACCAAAUACGGCCUGCUGCGGGGCAUUGUGGUCCGCUCCUCCCCGCUGGUGGAGGCCUUCCUCGGCAUCCCGUACGCCUCGCCUCCGGUGGGCAGUCUCAGAUUUAUGCCCCCCAUAACACCCUCGACGUGGAAAACGGUUCGCAGCGCGGAUCGAUUCUCCCCGGUCUGUCCGCAGAACAUCCCCAUACCGCCCAACGGACCGGAGGCGCUCCUCGAAGUGCCGCGAGCCCGUCUCGCCCAGCUGCGGCGCCUGUUGCCGCUGCUCAAGAACCAAUCGGAAGACUGUUUAUACCUAAAUAUCUAUGUGCCCUACGAGACGCGCCGCCAGAGACGCAAUACCGCUGAUGCUGCUGGCGAAUCGAAGACCAAAUUGUCCACUGUGGUAUUCAUACAUGGCGAAUCGUACGACUGGAACUCAGGGAACCCUUACGAUGGCUCCGAAUUGGCUGCCCACGGCAACGUCAUCGUCGUGACAAUCAACUUCCGUCUGGGAAUCUUCGGAUUCCUGAAGACCGGCGGCAAGGAGAGUGCCCAGGGCAACUUUGGCCUGAUGGACCUGGUCGCUGGCCUCCACUGGCUCAAGGAGAACCUGCCGGCCUUCGGCGGGGAUCCCCAGAGCAUCACCCUCCUGGGCUACGGAACUGGAGCUGUGCUGGCCAACAUUCUGGUUGUGUCCCCAGUGGCGAGUGAUUUAAUACAGCGCACAGUUCUCGUGAGCGGUUCGGCCCUGUCACCCUGGGCCAUUCAGAAAAAUCCGCUCUUUGUAAAGCGGCGCGUGGCCGAACAGACUGGCUGUCACGGCGACAUGUUGUAUGACGACCUGGCCCCCUGUCUCCGCACAAAAAGCGUCGCCGAGUUGCUGGCGGUCAAGGUGGAUCAUCCACGAUUCCUCGUGGGCUUCGCUCCCUUUGUGGAUGGUACUGUAAUAUCGCCCGGCACCAAUCCCAUGGGCAGCACCACUUUGCCCUUAGGCUCAGCUAUUGUUAGUACUUCAGGAAUUGAAUAUGCAAACUUUCCAAAACGAGACCUCAUUUUCUGCCUUACAUCUGUGGAGUCCUAUUUGGACUUGAGUGCCCAAGACUUGGAAUUCGGCUUCAACGAGACGAGACGGGAUCGCAUCCUGCGCACUUUUGUGCGCAACAACUUCCACUACCAUCUGAACGAAAUAUUUGCCGUUCUGAAGAACGAGUACACCGACUGGGAAAAGGCGAUACGUAAUCCGCUUAGCUCCCGCGAUGCCGCGCUUCAAUUUCUGAGCGAUGGCCACACGGCCUCCCCGCUGAUUAAGUUGGGCUACAUGCACAGUUUGCGAGGGGGCCAGGCCUACUUUCUGCACUUCAAGCACAAAACAAUCGAGGAGGAGUACCCACAGAGAACCGGCUCCGUGCGCGGCGAAGACGUGCCUUUUUGGUUGGGUCUGCCCAUGUCCCCGCUCUUUCCCCACAACUACACGACUCAGGAGCGUCAAAUUGGUCGUCUAAUGCUGCGAUAUCUGUCCAACUUCGCCAAAACCGGCAAUCCCAACCAGUCCACGGAAAAGUCAGCCCUUCCCAGUCCAAACGAGGUCCCAGAUGCCGCCCUGCAUGAGCAGAGGAAACGAUCCACUGGCCUGACCUACCCCAAUCUCAGCGAGGCCCUCAACCUGGCCGUGAUCUACAACCAACGCCGCAGCAAUGCCAUGCACGAGAAGCGGUCCAACAUCCGGAGGAGACUGCGGAGCAAUGAUGCGGCCUUUACCCAACUGGGCAUGUCCAGUGAACGGGACGUGGGCAGCUACGACGGCGAUGAGCUGCCCUUCUGGGAUGCCUACGAUGUGGUCAACCAGUUGUACGUGGAACUGGGCAACAAGGCCAACAUUCAGAGCCACUAUCGCGGUCAUAAGCUGUCCAUGUGGCUGAACCUCAUUCCCCAGCUGCAUCGCCACUUCAACAUCAAUGACCAGUCCAUGCGGCAUCACCAGUUCCAGGACGACAUGAACAACCGGGAUCUCUAUGAGGGCGUGGUGCGACCACAAUUGCAGACGAGGCCCGCGGAAGAUGAUAACAUCAUUAUCACGCAGAGGAGCAGGACCACCACGCCACCGCCAUCCCCGAAGAUGCCGAGUACAAAUGCCACGCAGGACUUAACUCCCAUUGCCGCCAUUGGAACAGCCACAACCACUGAGUGCGGCAUCGACGGAGCGAUGUCCGUGUCGGAGCUGACCACCACCCAAUCGCCGAAGGACAACAGGACCGGGAUCAGUCGCGUGGAGACCCAAAAGGACCUGGCCACCGCCUCCACCGGCAUCAUUGGCAACCUGGAGCUGCUCCGACGAUUGGGCGGCAAGCAGUUCCAGAGCUAUACGACCGCUCUGAUAGCCACCGUGGCCGUGGGCUGCUUCCUGCUGAUCCUCAACGUCCUGAUCUUCGCGGGCAUUUAUCAUCAGCGCGAGAAGCGGGCUCGGGAUGCGAAGACCAAGGAGGAGUUGCAGGAGAGCGACAACAGCAAGAACUCCAGCAUGCUGAAGCUGAACGCCUUGAUGGGUGCUGGAGCUGGCUCAGGAGGAGCUGGUGUCCCCGGGCCCGGGGACAUCGCAGAUGCAUAUACCUUGACCGGGUCCCUGGUGGACGGCAAGGGUGGUGUGGGCGUGGUGUUCGGCGAGUACAGCUGCUACGAUGAGAAGACCAAGCAGCUGAAGGAGGAGAAACUGCUGGUGGAACUGCCGCCGUCCUCGUCUACUGGCCAGACGUCCUUGAUGAUGGACACCUGGGGCGCCUGCUCCAUGGGCACGUUGGAUUUGCUGAAGACCAAGCCGGGGGAUCCCAUCGAAAUGGUCACCUAUGGGACCAUCGCCCUGCCCACGGUGGUGGACUCCGCACCGGCGAUGAGCAGCAAGCGGGGAUCCUUCGUGGACACCGCGCUGCAGUUCAACAGUUCGCAGCAAUUCGACUACGCAGUCCAGUCCUCGGACCAGAUGUCCUUCAAGGCGAUAGAGGAGGCUGUCAAGGCGGCAGCGGGGAAUGACUCGGAAAUCACCCGCGAUGAUGACAUCCCCGAGCCGCCGCCCCCACCAAGGUCCUUUCUAGCCGCCCAGCAGCAGCAGCAGCAGACGCAGGCGGGCAUACUGCGGCAGACAGGGGCGGGCGGAAGUUCCACAGCGGGAUCGGGGAGUAGCAGCGGCAAGAAACGUGUACAUAUUCAGGAAAUCUCAGUCUAGCA